AUGUCUACGAGUGGCAGACUACGGUUAAGUGACUUCAAGGACUUGGAAGAAAUUGGUCGUGGUGGUUUUGGAAUUGUAUAUGCUGCAACGCAUCCUAACGGAGAGCGCAUAGCUCUUAAAAAAAUUUGUUCACGAGCGGCGGCUGAACGAAUUAAGGGAGAGAUCCGUGCGAUAAGAUGUAUGCGUCAUCCUAACAUUGUGCAGUUUUUCGAAGACUUCAUUGAUGGCAAUGAUACAUAUGUAGUAAUGGAGUUGUGUGAGCUGGGCUCCAUGCGAUCGUACGUCAAGAAGAACGGACCUCUGAGUGACCGAGCAGCUGCGUAUGUGCUACGGCAGAUUAUAAGUGCAGUCAAAUACAUGCAUCGUGAAGAUGUUCUACAUCGAGAUCUUUCCACUGGAAAUGUUCUUAUUAGUAGGAUUUUCUCUCCUGAGAAGAUAUCUGUGAAGUUAUGCGAUUUUGGCCUUGCAACACAUCUUCGAAAAGGAGAGACCGCUUGCACGGUACAACAUUUCAGCUCUCGCUACAGUCAGGUCUUCAAGCAGGAGUACGACCAAGCGGCAGAUGUCUACUCGUUAGGUGGAGUUCUGUACACAAUGUUGACUGCCAGUGACCCUCCAUCGAAAGGUAUUACAAUUCAUAUCAAUUACGCUCUGCGCUUUCCGUUUUUAUUGUUCAACCUCAUAUACUGCACUGUAGGUCCUCUGCGCUUUGAUGGCCUUGGAAUCUCAGCCGUUGAAUUGAUCGAACGCAUGAUGGAACCGGACGCUGGGAAACGAAUAUCCUUGAAUGAUAUUCAACAGUCGACUUUCAUGAUCGACUACUGUGAUGUAGCUUCAAUUUCUCGAGACUGGUCUGCUAUGGGUGAUCGUGGAACUUCUGUUCGAUCCCGUGAGCGGCGACACUCGCGAGAGUAUUCAAAAGAACGGCGAACGGCACAUGGUGAUGAGCCGCGUCCUCGGAGAACUGCCAGUAAUCCUCCUAUUGCUUGUGGACGUACUAAACCUAUCACUGGUGGCGGUGACAGUGGAAUCGACACGAGAAGCGGCGGAGAGUAUGUUAUUGUGGACGAUAACUUGCUGAUAUUUGAAGUGGCAAACAAGAGUGGUUUCAUAGCCAAAAUUGUAACCGUUUCGAUUGAUGGUCGAGGCAAACAGCAGGUCACGUUUGGCAAACCGCUGCAUUCAGAAGUGAAGCGGCCAUUGGAGAAUGACAGUUUGAUAGCAGUUGAUCGUAGACACGAGUCUAUGCCGUUAACAAGCUAUUCGUCGAUGAGUCGCCAUGAACGGGAUCUUUACGCGCAAAUAGCUAAUGCUGUUGAGGCAAUGCGAGGACGAGUGGACAAAGUGGUAUAUCAGCGACCUAGCCAGUUUCCCAAUGCAGUCGCUAAAAUAAUGGAGAAUGGCGCUUUCCGUAUUGUCUUCAGAGAUCAGCGUCGGUUGGUACAGAAAUCGGGCUCGAGAGAAGUGCAAUUACAUUUUCCCGAUGGUAGAAAGGAGGACGUGUCUGAUACGGAUAUGCUGGAUCGAUUCAACGACGUACGAAAGUUCCUACAAGAUGUCGAACGUGUCUGGGAGCGUCAAAUCGGUCUCUUUCCACUAUCGUUCUCUAUUUCCAGAGAUACGGCAACCUCUCCUCGUAUUGCUCACUCAGAAGUUCGUGUGCCACUUGCUGUAAUGAAUUCUCAGGCUCAGUCAUUACUAACGCAGCGAUCUGCACCAGCGACUGUAGGGCCGCGUGGGAAAAUUUCGUUGGAGUCGACUAAAGGAUUGUGCGCAGGGAUGCGAUUUAAAAUUAACAAGAACAAUGAAGUGUGCAGCGUGGAGUCGCCAGAUGGUCGCUACCUACGAGUAUCGAGUGUUUCGAAAUCCAGAUUUAUCUAUCGAUCUCAGCCUGGUUCAUCUGAGCAGAGGUUCCAUGUGGGUGAUGAUGUUUAUCCGAAAGGAGCACGUGAGCUCUACGAAUCUCUUCAACUAGAGAUCAAACGUCGAGAAGCACUUUCUUGA